AGCAUGCGCAGUUAAUCAUUCUCGGGUGAAAUUUACGUGUGGAGUCCUGCCAAAGAGGGCAUUUUCGACGAUUUCUGACAAUUUUGCAGAUAUAUUUCAAGUGUUUAUAAAUGACUUGCUACAAAAUGAAUUAAACAGUUGUCUGGGACCUGCCUCCAGUUGGUUUACCUUGACACUUAAACAGUGAAGUGUUUGGUGCAUCCAAAAUUUCAAAAUGGUUUUAUCUCAACGACAGAGAGAAGAGCUAAAUCGUGCAAUAGCUGACUACCUUAGUUCCAAUGGCUAUAUUAGUGCUCUUGGCGAAUUCCAGAAGGAGGCCUCCAUGCAAGGAGAAAUAGACAAAAAGUAUGCUGGCCUCUUAGAAAAGAAAUGGACAUCUGUCAUCAGGCUUCAGAAAAAGGUCAUGGACCUUGAAGCCAAACUUUCGGAGGCAGAAAAAGAAUUCAACUCUGGGGGUCCCACUCGUGACCGCAGAAGUCCGUCAGAGUGGAUACCCCGCCCUCCAGAGAAGUACACCCUCAGUGGACACAGGAGCCCCGUCACACGGGUUAUAUUUCACCCAAAAUUUAGUAUAAUGGUUUCCUCAAGUGAAGAUGCUACCAUAAAGUUAUGGGAUUAUGAAACUGGUGACUAUGAAAGGACCCUCAAAGGACACACCGACUCUGUACAGGAUAUAGCUUUUGAUCAAGCAGGCAAAUCUCUGGUUUCGUGUUCAGCUGAUAUGUCUAUAAGACUUUGGGACUUUACUGGAUCAUACGAAUGUCUGAAGACCAUGCAUGGUCAUGACCACAAUGUUUCGAGUGUGACUUUCAUGCCAAGUGGAGAUAACAUUAUUUCGUGUUCACGUGACAAGACCAUAAAGAUGUGGGAAGUUUCCACUGGAUAUUGUGUGAAGACUUACACAGGCCACCGUGAGUGGGUACGUAUGGCCAGGGUGUACCACGACGGCUCGCUGAUCGCCAGCUGCUCUAACGACCAGACAGUUCGUGUCUGGGUUACAGCCACCAAGGAGUGCAAAGCUGAACUGAGAGAGCACGAACAUGUUGUUGAGUGUAUUGCCUGGGCACCUGAGUCUGCGCACCCCGCCAUUAAUGAGGCAAACGGUGUAGAUGUAAAGAAAACUGGAAGAAGCGGCCCGUACCUGGCCUCAGGAUCACGUGACAAGACCAUCAAGAUUUGGGACAUUAGCACAGGGCUAUGUCUCUUCACACUGGUGGGCCAUGACAACUGGGUCAGGGGAAUCCUGUUCCAUAUAGGAGGCAAAUAUAUGCUGAGUGCAUCAGAUGACAAGAGCCUGAGGAUCUGGGAUAUCAAAAACAAAAGGAACCAGAAGACUCUAGAUGCCCAUCAACACUUUGUAACAUCACUAGACAUGCAUAGGUCAGCACCCUAUGUAAUUACUGGCUCUGUGGACCAGACUGUCAAAGUUUGGGAGUGCCGCUAACUAAUUCUGCCAGGAACUUGCAUUUUACUUGGACUAGGUAUAUACCAAGCAAUGAUACAAAUAUAUUGUAAAACUGUCCCGAAAUUUAAUUUUCGUCACAAAUCAAACAAUCAUCCAAUAAAAACCAUUGUGUGGAGAGGAUCCAGUUUGAUGGUAUCUGUCUGGGAGAGUUUGGAUUGGUUGGUAUAAAGCCUAGUUUUAUACUUUUGGUCGAGAGUUCGGUCGAACGUGCGCACUACUAAGGGUGCUGGAGAAAGAUCUCAGUCAGUGAUGCCUCCGAUAAAUAUGACAGUGCUUGCUUCCAGUGGUCUUGUCCGCUUGUCUUGUUGUUUAGUCAUAUACCUCUUACACAACUUCAUUAACUGAUGGCUAUCUUUAAUGCGAAAUUACAAAACAAGAUCGAUUUUUCUAUGAAAUGAGGAAAAAGUUUUCCUGUACGGGGCAAAACUGAGAAGAUGGCUGAUUAAUUCAUGCUCAGUGACAGUGUUGAUUGUAUCUGAAAUAGUUCAUGCUUAUUUUACAUAUAUAUACACAUAAACCAGUGAUUAUUGGACUUGGGGAGUAUGCUAUAUGCUCAAAGACUGGUGUUCAGAUUUUUAAUCGGGAAUGCUGACAGUGAUACAGAGAGGGAGAUCAGCUAGCCACGGAAUGAUCAUAAUCAUUUAAACAAGAUAAUUGACAUUCUAAUUUGUGUAGUGUGUAUACAGGAUCUGACACGUCUUUCACCACAAUGUGUGCAAAAUGCAAUAUAUUUCAGCGUAUAGUACUAUAUCUUCACAAUCCAAUAGUUGUAUGACAUGUGCUGUUUUUAAGCUGUGUACAUUGUGUUACUGCCAAGCUUAUAUAAAUUGUCUUGUAUUUGUAUCCAUUAUGUACACACUGUACACAAGUAAUAGAUAUUGGUUUGAGCUUUUAACAUAUAUAAAGGGUUAACCAUUGGUUAAAGCUAUAGGUUGGAAACAAUGUAAGCCCAAAGAAAAUUAAAACAUAUUGUAUUUGACUGCAGUGUAUAGGUAAAUUAUAUUGACAUAAAUAGAUAUGUAUGCUAUCCAAGUUUAUUGUUAUCACCAUCUAAAGGUGGAUUUAAUAGUUAUACAGGGAAUUUGGUAUGUACAAAAUAUUUUAAGUGUUUCCUGAAGUGAUGCAAUGCACUUGUGUGUUGCAAUAUUGACUUAUUGUGUCAGAAUGUCUUUAAUAAUUUAUUUCCAGAUAAUUAAAUUGCAUACGGUUUUAAAGGAUAAAAUUGAAUUUGUUGAUUUGACAGUGCAGUACUAUGAAUUUUAUUGAUGAAUAAUGUGAAUACUCCUAUCCUACCUAUUCAUUGUGUAUAUUAUAUUGUAUCAUGCAAAUUUGCACAUGGUGAAGAUUUUGUAACUAUUAAUAGUUAAUGAUUAUAAUCAUCCUUCUUUAAUAUUCCAGUUAUUCUCUUCGACACGUACCUGAAGGUGCUUGAUUUAUUUUUUGCCAUAAGCAUUUCCAGAAGACGGUUUGAUGCACUUGAAUUAAGACUUUAUUGUCUUUAAACAUACCUAAAUUGCCUCAGUGCAGACAGCCCUGUAGAGCACUUCAUAGUUACACCAUAGAUUGGUCUAUUAUUUGGAGUGUUUCAAGAUCGCUGUUGGUAUUGAGUACAAGAGCCAAAUUGUUCAAUAUAUAUAUAUCAAACCUAAAAAUCUGUGAUAUGCUUUUUCAAAUUAGAUAUUUUCAUUGUGUACUGUUUAGAUAAUGGUAGAUAACAGAAGUUUUUGGGCCUCAUCUUUUGAUGAAAUUCCAUAAUUGAAAAUCAUUAAAUUGUGCACUUACCUGUCUGGGAGCUUUAGGCAUCAAAUGUCAGCACUAGAUGGGUCAGGUCAAAGUUCAUGUUUUAGUGGAUUUUAUACAGAUUUUCUCAUAUGAUUGGAUGUACUCAGUGACCUUUACAAACCUGAGUUUAAUCUAUGGUGAAAUGACCAGAUCACACUGCUGCACCCCAAAAACUGAACCCUACUUACUGUUGGGCAGAACUACCAGAACUGCGAAUAACGGGUAUGGCCAGGUUGUAAAGUAUUAUUACAGAGUUGUUCCUCUUGUUUUUGGUGCUGAUUUGCAUAACUGCUCUGAUGCAUACAACCAUCCGUCCAUACAUAAUAAGUAAUCUCAGUAUUUUCCGGUGAUAUUUUUAUGUUGUAAUUUUACUUUAUCUUUUUGACAAGUUUCAAUGCACUCAUAUUAUAAACAAUGUAUGUUUAUUUAUGCAGCUCAAAUUAGCAUUCCAUGACUUGAUUUAGAUCCUUGUACCAAUUGAAAUAAUAUAUGGUAUAUAUGAAUUCAUCCAUUAAUAUUUAAAACACUUGUUAAGCCUGAAGUGGUUGUGAUUUAAAGCCUAGGUUCCUGUUCACUUCAGCCUGUUUCAUUGUAUCCAAAUUAUAUCUGAAGGAUGUCUGCAGAUUUUGUUUCAUUUCGUGAAAAUAUUAUGAUGGAUGGUUGAUGCAAGAAUAAUUAUGACAGCACUUAAAAACCUUGAGGAACCAAUCAAUGACUGAUAAUCCCUAUACAUUGGUUUGGGUUUUAGAGGAGUUGAUUCUGUAUGGAAUCCAUGAACAUGGAUGAAGUGUGUCAUUCUAUAAAGCUUGCCAUCCUUAUAUAUAUACAGUCUAUGUAGUAUCUCAUAACAUCUACAGCAUUCUUGUGCUACAGUCAGUUAGCUUCAUCUUCAUCGUUAAGUUUGCAGUUCAUUUAAUUUAUUUACAACACAUGCUUUUUAUUACAGGACUUCAAUUAUUAUUUGCAGUAUAUACACAGUUCUAUGUGUUGUUUAUCAAAUUAUGUUCAAUGGUAAAUGCAACAUGCAUUGUUGCAUUCACUUAACUUUCAAGGAAGGAAACAAAAUCUCGUACUUGCAUCACAUUUCCUUGUUGGAGCUGUGCUGAUGUCGGACUUAAACGGGUUGUGUGUUUGUGUUCAUAAAAGCCUCUGUGGUAUUUUGUCUUAUAUGAAAAUAUGGCCAGUUUUAUUUAUCUUGUUACAAACACUCCAUUCUAUUUUUGCAAAUUUGAGCAUAAAAUGAAUCAAUUUUUGAAUACAGAUUGAAAUUGAUAAAAAUAGACAUUGCAUAUUUGAAUGCUUUUUGCCAAAUGCUGUUCUAGUCCCAUAUUUUCCACUCAUUGUGGUAAAAUGAUGUUAUAUUUAGAUAAACAAAAUGUGCAAUUUUAAUUGAAAGAUUUGUUUUGUGUAGUUAGAUAGAUGUAAACUUGACUAUGAUGACCAGUUUGAAUCUGCAUUAUUGUAGUACUGCUUGUUACUUAUCCAUUACAGUAGUUGGUCAACAAUUUCUAUCUGGUUUGGCCUUGGAAUUGUGGGGGAAAGUUCUUGGAUGGUGCACACGUUUCAGUCCAACCUCCAGCGGGAAGUGAUGCUUGUACAAAAUUUGUUUCUUUUCCGACCGAAUUACACCGGAGUGACCGCCAGAUUGAUUUUUAUUACUUUUGGAUAAUGUUUGACUUGUUGGCCUUAAAAUAUAUAUAAAACUAAAAUUAAGCUACCUAAUGUUAACACCAUUCCAAACACUGUGCAGUGGUAUUAUCUUAUUGAUCAAAUACUGCAAACCGUUACUGAAAUUGUAUAUGUAAUGAUGUAUAAUAAUGUAUUGAUACAAGACUAUGCUGUUAUAUACUAUAAAACCAUUACAGUUACAGCCAGGUACAAGGAGAAUGGGUUGCAUUUAUUUAUGCGGGAAUAAUAAAGAUGUGUCGGUCUACAGUAAACGUCAGAUGUAAACAUUACUUGACCUGACUGAAGUAUAUUCUAUAUACCAAGUGCCAAUGUAGUUUGAUUUUUAUUCAUAUAUUUAUGUUAUGUUCACUAUAUUUCUCAUUUUAUUAUCUCCAUUGUAUUACAUUCUCUGCAAUAAGAACAGCAUUCCACAAAUUUUAUCUUGACAUCCUCUGUCAAUUUUAAUACAAUUUCUGAUUAAUUGAUCUGAAUGACAUUUGAUUCAUUGGUGAUUUAAGAUAGUUUCAUGGCCUUUUGUGGCAUCCAGAGAAAAAGUUAACUCCUAGGAAACCAAAAACAACCAGAUGAAUUAACGGUAAAGGUUGUUUGAUCGUUUCCACCAAGUAACACAUUGAUAGUUCGGUAUUAGGGGAUACCAUGUUCAUAUCUAAUACUUGAUCCCUUGCCUUUUUGUUUGCUGUGCCUCUCCUGGAAUGUUUGUAUCAUCAUUUAUGUAUUCUAUCAAAGAUUGUUGCUUAGAAAACAGAUGAUGGAAAAUCCCUUCAUUUUUGCCUUUGCUAUAAUCAGAGGUAAGACCCCUAGUUUAGGGGAUUAUAUCCUGUAUUAUAGAUGAAAACGAGGGAAUUUUCUCUCAUGAUCUUUCCAGCUUUCCUAUUUUCUCUAUUCUGUCUUUCUCACUUUUUCGAUUAAGGGAAUGUGUAAGUAAAACCGCCAUAGGUAUGGCUUGUUAAAAUGUCUUUCAUUGGUCAGACAGUGUUUUAACAGCCAAUGAAAUUCAGUUUUAAUAAAUCUAUGGUAUCCAACACUACAAUUCCCUUUAUAGCUGUAUAUAUAGCACAAUCUAUUGAACCUGAUGUAAAUGUUGAUCUGUUGUCUCUAACUUCAACCUUCGUCAUAAUUAAAUAUCAUUCUCCUUAACAGUCUGUUUAAAGAAUAUAAUGUGUAUGCAUUUUGUUUUUUUCCUUCUGGUACCAUAAAGAAGUGAAAUAUUAUUAAUUGAAAAAUCUUUUGGAAGGGAAAUUAUAAAUCGCUUGACAAUUUUAUUUUGCCAAGUAGAGUCCAGGAACAUGUAUGUUAUGGUAUUCUUGGACAGGGUAUCAAUGUGGUUCUGUACUAUCGAGAUCAUUUUUACAUCAUUAAGUGCUAUUCACAGUCUGUGUACGUUAUAACUAAUGUAUCUGCCAAUUUGUUUGAGGAGCGGUGUUGGGUGUAGGACCUCUGGGUGAUGACAAUUAUCACUUUAAUUAGACGGUUAUACCACACAAAUUGGAAUGCGUGGUAUAAAUGGGUGUUCAUGAAUACUGAACUAUGCCCGCCCUUCACACAACAUGGCAGGUUUCGUGUUGUAAUAUUUUAAUGAUAAAGUGGAUAAUAUUUGGUUGACACAUCCGGACUUGAAGGUCUUUACUCAUCUAUCUAACUACAUUUUUGUUGCUUUGUACGGCAGUCCUCAUGUACGUCAAACUUACAGUUUUAUCUUUGAUCUGGUCGUGUCUACUGUCAAUAAAUGAUAAUGUCAGAUUCCUG